AUGGACAAGUCCAAGGGCAAGGCGUCCACGUCGCGGUGGUCCGUGGCGUCGCCGAGGCAGCUGAUGCAGAAGGCGUCCCACGCCUUCAAGGUCGGCAGGUCCCGCAGCAAGAAGAGCAAGGACCUGGCCGGCCCCGCGGCCGAGGCGAUGGCGUCCGUGAAGGAGACGCCCGGUGCUUCCGGCGAGAUCAACGCCGAGGCGGCGAGACCCCCUCCCGUGCCUGAGCAGCAGCGCCGCCCCGCUGAAAUGACUGCCGCGACACCUCUCGACGUCGUGCAAUCAGAGGUGGUCGUGGAGCCCAACGCUGCCAUGAAGUUACAGGAGGAAGCGACCUCGCGACCGGGCGAAAUUGUCAGUAAUGAAAUCAAGACAGAGGAGGAGACGCGUCAAGAGGAGCAGGUAAUCCCAGAAGAGCCGAGAGCAGAAGCAGAGAAGGCGAAUGCCAUUGACGAGGAGAAGGCCGUGAUACCGAAGGAGUCCGUGGAAGCCGUGAAGGUGGAUGAGCCGGCGCCGGAAGAGAAUCCGCAAGCCGGCAACGUUGAAGGGGCACAAAAGGAAGCUGAGAAGAUUACACAGGAUGAACCUCCGCCGCCGGCCGCCGUUGUGGAAGAACCAACGAAGGAGGCAGCAACGCCGCUGAACGUGCUGCAAGAUGAACCAGCGGCCAGCCCGGUUCAAGAGGAAGCCGUCGUGGAGAGCAAAGCCGAGGAGAGGCCACAAGCAGAGCCGGCGAAGCACGAAGAUGCCAUGAAGCAACCUGAAACAAGUCUGAUCUCUGAAGAACCGAAAGAGCAAUCCGCCGCCACGCAGAAGCAGGCGGAGGCCGCCGAGGAACCCAAGAUGAUCGCUGCAUCCAAGGCAUCAUCGGUGCCGGCGACGUCGCUGGAAGAAGCUCUGGAGGAAGUGGACACGGUGACCAAGGUGGGCACUUCGCGAUCAGAGCCCGUGACACCGGCGAAGCAAGCCAUCAACAAGGACAAGGCGGUGAUCGACACGAUCCUGAGCGCUUCGGAGCCAACGACGCCGUUGAGAGGAGCCGCUAAGAAGGAAGGGGCGACGUCCUUCAUGGGGAAGAUUCCGGAGGAGGGUCGGAUGAGUUUCAAGGGGAGCAGGGUAAAGACGGCGAUGGAGAAGCGGCCGGAGGAGGCGCAUCCCAAGAAGAAGGAGGUGUCGCGGAGCAACGACGUGCUGGAGGAGACCAAGAGCAAGCUGCUGGAGAAGAAGAAGAGCAAGGUGAAGGCGCUGGUGGGGGCGUUCGAGGUCGUCAUGGACAGCCCCCGCGCGUCCACGCCGGGCCCGGGCAGAUCGGGCCCGAGGUUCUGA